ACCACCCACAAUAAAAAAAUUUUGUAAAACAACACCCAAACUAAAAAAAAGUUGCAAAAAGCCACCCAUUGUUGAAAACAGGUUAUUGUCGUCCUCCCUCAGUGUUAACCACACUCCCCACCCCUGGAAAACCCUAGAAUUCACCGGAAAAGUUUGGCCGCCCCUCCCCCUCCCCCUCCCCCUCAAUAACCCCUAAUAUUCACUCCUCCCUUGAAAACCCCUAAUAUUCACUCUCCCUCCACCUCGAAAAUCACUCCGACCACUAGGGUUUUUGAUUGUUUCAAGUGAAUUUUAAAGGUUUUCAAGAGGGAGGGGAAAGGGCGAUCGGAUGUUUUUCGGUGAAUUCUAGGGGUUUUUAAGGGGUUGGGACGGGUGGCCAAAACCAAGGGAGGGCAGUCAAGUGGUCAACGCUGAAAAAUAUGGUCAACAACCUAUUUCUGACAAUAGGUGGCUUUUUGAAACAUUUUUUUUGUUUGGGUGUUUUUUUACAACAUUUUUUAUUGUGGGUGUUUUUUCACAAAAAUGUGUUUUAAGUGGAUGAUUUUUUUACAAAAUUUCCUAUUAAUAAACGCGUUUUCUCAAUCAAGUGGUGUUUUCUCAGUCAAAAGGGUGCACUUAUAUAUAUUUAUAAAAUGAAUCACAUGAAGUGAAUGGACUCAAAAUUUUAUAAUCACAAAUGACAAGAAUGAAUGAAUGUAUUUUAUAUAUUCUUUUUUAUUUUGACACAAAUAUUUUAUAUAUUCUUACUCGAGAACACCGUGUUUGAUAAAUUAGGUUUAGUCCUCUGAUUUUUUUUUUCUACAAUUAAUCAUUAUUACGUGUUAAUAAAAUUUAAUAAUUUAUACGAGCGUAUAAUUCAGCCGGUAAGUUGGAUUUGAAUGUUCUUUUUAUAUUAUUGUUUAACACGGAGCCUAUUUCAUUACCAAAUAUUUUCCCAAUAUUUUAAUACAAAUUGGACCAACGGCCACGUUGAUUUGCAUGUUACUCCGUACUUCCAAACUCCAAAGUAUGGAUCGGAGUAGCUUCUUAAUAAAUAGGAGCACGUUAUAUCUUCGAAAUUAUACCUUAAAAAAAACAUGGAAUAUUACACCACAUUACUACUACUCCUUACCAUCCUCAUCACCACCAUCCAAAUCUCAAAAAUAUUGUUUGGUAAAUCCAAACUACCUCCAGGACCAAAACCAUGGCCUAUCAUAGGCAACAUUCUCAAGCUCGGCGACAAACCUCAUCGUGCUGUCGCCGAGCUUGCAAAAGUCUACGGACCCAUAAUGAGUCUUAAGUUAGGGAGUAAAACUACAAUAGUUAUAUCAUCCCCGGAAAUUGCUAAAGAAAUGUUCCUUAACCAUGACUUAGCCUUUUCUAGUAGGAAUGUCCCGGAUGUUGCGAAGGCUGAAAACCAUUUCAAAUUCUCUAUGGUUUUUCUCCCAAUAUGCCCCAAAUGGAGGAGCCUUCGGAAGGUUGCAACUAUGCAAUUGUUCACCAAUCAACGACUUGAUACGAGUCAGGAUACACGACACAAGAAGGUGAAAGAGCUAGUUGAGUAUGCACAACAAUGUUGUGACAAGGGUCUGCCAGUCGAUAUUGGUAUGGCGGGGUUUACUACCUCGCUAAAUUUGUUGUCAAACACGUUUUUUUCGAUGGAUUUGGCGAGCCAUAGCUCUUCGAAAUCGCAAGAGUUUAAAGAUCUUGUUUGGAUUCUAUUAGAUUUGUGUGCUAAGCCUAAUGUGUCGGAUUUUUUCCCAUUGAUUAAGCGCUUGGAUUUGCAAGGAGUGUUGAAAACAACUAAGGUUUACUUCAAAAAAUUGAUGAGAAUUUUUGAGGAAAUUAUUGAUGAGAGGUUGAAAGAUCCAACAAAUGCUAAGGAUGAUGUUCUAGGCACCUUACUCAAGCUUGUUGAGAACAAUGAAUUGAGCCUUGAUGAAGUCAAACAUCUACUCGUGGAUUUGUUUGUUGCGGGAACAGAUACAACAUCUAGCACAUUAGAAUGGGCGAUGACUGAAAUAUUACGCAAUCCUGAAGUGCAUCAAAAGGCUCAAAUAGAGAUGGAAAAAGUAAUCGGGAAGGAUGAAUCUGUUCAAGAAUCAGAUAUAUCAAAACUACUAUAUAUACAAGCAAUCGUGAAAGAAACUCUUAGAUUGCAUCCACCUGCCCCAUUUUUAAUCCCUCACAAGGCUGAGAAGGAAGAACAACUACACAAUUUUAUAGUGCCUAAAAACUCAACUAUAUGGGUCAAUAUAUGGUCGAUUGGCCACAAUUCAAAUGUUUGGCCAAAUCCUGAAUUGUUUUCUCCGGAAAGGUUUUUGGAUAGAGAAAUUGAUUUCAAAGGACGAUAUUUUGAGUUAAUUCCCUUUGGUAGUGGAAGACGAAUAUGUCCUGGAAUGCCACUUGCUUAUAGGAUGACACAUCUGAUGUUGGCUACUCUUCUUCAUUCAUUCAAUUGGAAGACCGGUCAUGGAGCAAGUCCUCAAGACAUAGACAUGGAAGAAAAGUUCGGGCUUACUUUGCAAAAAGUCAAACCACUUCAGGCUAUUCCAAUUUGUAGAUGAUUGUUAUAACAUCUUAAUCAAGAAAUUAUGUGAUCGAUUUUAUUGUACUUAUUUAAUUGUACUUCUUUGUUUCAUUUAAACUACAACACGUGUUAUUUUGAAAAUUUUAAUCUAAAAUAUUAUUUAAAUAAUUUAAAGUGGAGAAAUAUUUGAAAAUUUAAGAAGUGGACUUGUGUAAUAAUUGUGUU